AUGACAACCAAAUGUCUACUAGUUUUUGUUGCACUUGUGUUGGUGGUUCUAAUAAGUCCAUGCAAUGCAUUCAGAGUCCUUGGUCCUGAAGAUGCAAUUUGUAAGAAUGUGAAUGCUUACUUUGAAGAUUGUGAAAAUUUUGUAGAUGGGAAAAAUAGUCUUCCAACACGUAAGUGUUGUAACAACUUAAAGAUAUUGAAUGGAGGGGUAAAAUAUAUAAAGAAUGGGGUUCGUAGGUUUUGUUCAUGCAUUGUAGACUUCAGCAAUAGCCAUGAUCAUCCUCCUUAUCUCCAGUAUAGAAUCGAACAACUUUAUAUAGCAUGUCGUGUUCAUCUUAGUUUUCCCAUCUCUGAGCACAUGGAUUGCUACAAGCUUUAGUAAGAGAUUUGUGUUUGAGGAAGAUGUACGAGCUGUUCUCUGGGGUCUAAUGCUAUAUUAGUUAAAAUAUUUCUAUUCUCUCUCUUUUCCUAAACUUUGAAUUGGAAGUACAAUGAUGUGUAUAUUACAGUGUCACUCUAUGUUAUAUAUAUUUGUGUUAUUAACAAGGUUAAUGGAAUUUUU